AUGGAGGAGGAAGGGCAGCAGGUCACUGAUGAUGAAGACUACAACGAUGAGGACUACACUCCUGAGCCCGAGACGGCGUCCAAACGCCAGAAACGCCACACCCCGGAGCAGAUUCGAGAACUUAUAGCUGCAUACCAACGGUUUAACCACCCAGAUGAGCCGACACGGCGCGCGCUUGGCGCAAAGAUUGGCCUGGAGGCCAGGCAGGUGCAGUACUGGUUCCAAAACCAGCGCUCCCAGAUGCAGGUGAAGGCUCUAGUGCAGAACAACAAGGCGGUUGAGAAGGAGAAUGCUGCACUGAUGGCCGAGAACGUAUCACUCCGCCAGGCCAUACUAAAAAAGUGCUGCUUCACGUGCGGCGGCGCGACGGUGCCCGCUGAGUUGCCGGCUGAGAACCGGCGUCUGCUGAUGGAGAAGGCGAGGCUCAGGGACGAGUACAUGCGCACCACCGCCUUGAUCAACCAAAUCUUGCUCUCGGCGCCCCCGGCUGAGCGCCCACCAGUCGUCGCCCGCCCCGCCGUGCUGUCCGUUGGCGAGGGGGCCAGCAGGGGCGCCGACCGCGCCGCUCAUCUCCACAGGCACGCAGAGGCUGCCAUGGACCAGUUUCUGCUACUCGCGACCAAGGGGGAGCCGCUGUGGCUGCCCACCCCGGACGGAGAGGUGCUGAGCUACCAAAAGAAAAUGUUGCCGGUGCACCAUGGGAUUUGCCCGGACGAAUUCGUCAUGGAGGCCACCAGGGAGACUGGCAUGGUCAGAGCCUCUGCCGCCUCCCUCGUCGCCAUCCUUACACACGCGAAGCGCUGGUCCGAGAUGUUCCCUGGCAUCGUGGCGGGUGUGAGCGCCAGAGGUGCCAUUUCCGGUGGCGUCAUCGGUUCACAUCUUCAGCUUAUGAACGCAGAGCUGCAGGUGCCGUCGCCACGUCUGCUCAACUGCAGGAUCAACUUUCUGAGGUAUACCAAGCAGGUGGGCAAGGGGCAGUGGGCUAUGAUGGACGUGUCCGUGGACGGCAUCCUUGGACCGCCAGGCAGCCGCGUCACUGACGCCGCCGUUGCAAACAACACUGUUGUUCCGGCGUGGUACACGAGCUGCAGGCUGCUGCCGUCCGGCUGCCUCAUUGAGGACAUGGGCAAUGGCUACUGCAAGAUAACAUGGGUUGUCCACGCGGAGUACAACGAGACCACCGUGCCAACAAUGUUCAGGCCACUGUUCCGCUCUGGGAAGGCUCUCGGCGCGCACCGCUGGCUCUCGUCGCUCCAGAGGCAGUGCGAAUACCUCGCUGUUCUGCACUCCAGCCAAGCCCCAAGGGGUAGCAACACAGCAGCUGCCAUUUCGUCAAUGGGGAAGAGGGGGAUCUUGGAGCUGGCCCAACGCAUGAUGGAGGUUUUUUACUCGGCUGUCUCUGGUCCCGUCACUCAGCCGUCCAGCAAGAUCUACGAGUGCCCUGCAAGCGCUGGCACUGGCGCCAGGAGGACUGACGCAGCUGUGCGCAUGGUGACCUGGAAGAAAGCCGGCAGCGUGGCUGACCUGGUGCUGAGUGCCACCACCACGGUGUGGCUGCCAAACACUCCGCCACAGCUUGUGUUCCAGUACCUCUGUGAUGGCCAGCGCCGCGGCGAGUGGGACGCCUUCGCCAACGGUGCAGCCGUGACUGAGCUGUGCUCUGUGGACACGCGCCAUCUCAAUGGCAAUGCUGUCUCCGUCCUCUACUCCAAUGUGACCGAUGGAACCGACCGCAAGAAGGUGCUGAUCUUGCAGGAGUGCGCCGACGCGUCAUGCUCCAUGGUGGUGUAUGCUCCUGUCGAAGAGGAUUCCAUGCGUGCGGUCAUGAACGGUGGUGACCACGCCUCCGUCUUCCUCCUGCCGUCUGGGUUCGCCAUUCUUCCGGACGGCCACGGCAGGGCUUGCCAUGCUCCGACCUCCUCCAGCACGGUCGUGGGCCGCGACAACACUGCUGGGUCCCUCCUCACUGUGGCAUGUCAGGCGCUGCUGCCCGGCUCAUCCCCAUCUGACAACCAUGCCGCUGACGGGGCCUUUGACGACGUUGGCAAGCUGCUCUGUCGUGCACUGAAGAAGAUCAAGGCUGCCGUCAAGGCCAACAUCAUCAUCCCAGCUUGA